UAAACUAAAAUAAUUUUCUGUUUCUUUUUAUGCAUAAAGACAUACUUAAAGUUGUUCUAAUCGGUGACGGUGGUGUAGGCAAGACAAGUCUUCGAAACCAAUAUAUACAUAAACGAUUCACAAAUGCCUAUAAAGCAACUAUUGGAGCUGAUUUUAUCACAAAAGAGGUUCAAACAGACGAUGGGAAGAAAGUUAUGAUGCAGAUAUGGGAUACAGCAGGCCAAGAACGAUUUCAAUCCCUAGGUGUAGCUUAUUACCGUGGUGCAGAUGCAUGCGUUUUGGUUUACGAUGUCAAUAAUUUCCUCUCAUUUCAACAUUUAGAACGUUGGAGAGAAGAUUUCUUAAAGCAGUCUUCAUUACCUGCAGAAGAAGCACGCAAUUUCCCGUUGAUUAUGAUUGGAAACAAGAUAGACAUUGACGAUCGAGUUGUAUCCAGAAGACAAGCAAGAGCAUGGGCAGAAAUCCAUUCAAGUGAAAAGAUGCAAAUUCCUUGUUUUGAAGCAAGUGCAAAAAAUGGAGAUAAUGUCGAGAAAGCUUUUACUCAGAUAGCAAAAAUGGUCAAGAUACCUCAGAUGGAACUCGACUUGAAUGAAAGCAAUUCUUUUUCAUUGACUAGUGAUACUAAUUACAGGAAGACUGGCUGUUGCUGAUGCCUAUGUGUAUACUAUACUAUUUUUACUAUUAUAUAAUACCAUCUUAUUAUCUAAUCUCUUAAUCUUAUUUUAAUAUCUAUUUAAUUGUAAAUAAACCAAAAUGACAAUCGUUAGAAAAUUGUCGUUUCUUUUUUACACUUUUA